AUUGAGGUUGACAUUUCUUGAAAUCUUUAACCAGCUACUAGCCUACAACUCCGUCACUAGUACUAGUAGUUAGAACUUCCAUUCGCGCCGAAUCAAGAUGUGACGCAUAAUUUCUUCAAUCUCUUAAACCGGCAUCGACGAUAUUACUAUGGCGACAAAUAAUACAAACACCCUAACACACGAACUCCUUUCCCGUGCCCAUAGUCCAGACAGCACGAACCGGAUCUUCACUGAGAAAAUUCAACAUCGUCCUCUCUUCCUAAAGCCGACCUCUCCCCCACCCUCCUCUAAUGCGCGCGAUGCACGGCGAGGGGCACGCGCCGAAAAGCGACAGCGCGCGAAGGCCCUUAAACCAAAGCCUUUAUCCGCACGCCAGCGACGCAAGCUUAGGCUCUACGAUGUACCAAAGGAUAGUCAGAAAUACGCUGUAUUCGAGCCACUGAAUCAGCUCUGGCUAGGUUAUAUCCGCGAAAUACUUGGUAACGAGCUAUAUAGCGGCGGCCAGGGCGCGGCGGCCAAGCUUAGCGCUGCCGAUUUCCAUGGUGCCGAGGUUGAAGUCUCUCGUAGCGGUUGCCCUAGCCGCGUCGGUAUACGAGGCAUCGUUAUCAAAGAUGCGCGCUUCGCCUUUGAGAUUGUUACGAGAAAGAAUCAGAUCAAGACCGUACCUAAGGAGGGCACUAUGUUUUGUGUCAAUGUUCCUCCCGCGCACGAUCGGAGCCAAGAGGACACGACCGCUCAUAAUCGGAGGCCCUUUACGUUCGAGAUACACGGCGACCAGUUCCAACACCGAUCAGCGGAUCGAGCGACUAAGAAAUUCAAACCACAUUACUUAAAGGAUCUAUGAGCUUACUAAGGGUGGGUUUUUAAAUCCUUAUGUACCUGUUUAUCUAUGGACGCCUUGAAGAAUCUGUGUACGAACGUCGAUAUCUCCGUACUGGAUGCUAUCCAAUACCCGGACUGGAAAUCUGCAUUACAGAGUACGGGUCACAUUAUGGGCAACCAAUACGGGUGGGAAACCUACUGGCGCCCAUAUCAUCAAUACCUACUCUAUACCUAGUAAGAUUCUAGACAUACGGGAACGUAACCGGAAAAGGGUCGUCACGUUCCGCUUAUAGUAUUUACACUAUACUCAAUAGGAGACUAACGUGAAACGCCACUUCUCUUACUCCAGCCAUCAUUAUGUUAAAUGAAAUACUUCCAUCUAUCUGUCUGAUGAUAUACUAUUUCAUAUCCCAGGAAGUGGGUUCCAGUCAAUGAAAGGUAUUCGGAGCAACAGGCUUAUGCUGGUAAUGACGUUGAAGAGGACCUCUGGAGGAGACCUUCUAUACUGAAGAGUAGUUUAAUUACUAAUAGCUACAAGGGGAAGAACAUCGCUUAGUCAAACAGGCCUAGAAUUCCGGUCGAUAAUCAGUGACGGCCUUAAUCAUCACAUUAUGAUAUUGCGAAUUCUUUCACUGCCUAGGUAGGUAGUAAAGAGUUUCUUAUCA